AUGCUGCUCGACCUGGGCCCAGACGUGCUCGAGGUCGUCGCCGAGUACGUGGACGUGCGGUCCUUGCUGCAGCUAGCAGCCACGGCGCGCCUCCUGCAUACCGCCGUCGCCGCGUCGCCGGUGCUCUGGGAGGCGCUCUGCGUCCGCGACUUUCGCAUUGCGCCGCAGGCGUUCCCGCGGGCAACGGCCCAUUGGGCGACGCUGUACCGGCGCAUGCACGCGCCCAUCGUGCUGACCUGGGGCGUUGGUAGCAACGGUCGCUUGGGCCCCGGCGCCGGCCGCGCGACCGUCGAUCGUCCCCGCGCCAUCGACACGUCGGCCCUGGGCAAGGUCGCUCGCAUCACGUGCUCGGGCUUUGGCAUGCACGCGCUGACACAAGACGGACGCAUCUGGUUCUGGGGCUCGCUCAAUGGAUAUGGAUCGCACGGUCCGCUUCCGGUCCCGUUGCACGAGCCGUGUCGGAGCCUGAGCAGCGGGCGCACGCACGGAUGCGCGCGGGGCGAGAGCGGCGCCGCGUACGCCUGGACCGAGUUGGGUUCGCCUGUCCAAUGCAACUCGGCAAAGGACGCGCCCGUCGUCGACGUCGUUGCGGGCUGGAGCCACGUCGCCGUGCUCUUUGCGAACGGCGCUGUCAAGACGAGCCACCUUGACGACCUCGACGCCAUGGCCUCGAAAGCCAUGGUGCAGCUGCCGCUCGACGAUGCCCGCGCCGUGCAAGUCGUCGCAGGGGAAGACUUUACCGCGGUCGUCACCGACGCCGGUCACGUAUACCUCUGGCGCCAAAACCCCAUGGACCUUGCGCGGCUCAACGACGACGAUGGUCGCCCCGUCGUUGCGACACAUGCUACGGCGUGCUUCCGGACGCUUUCGAUUUUCAACGGUCGUACCAACUCGGUCCAGUGUUUUGCCGUCACGAGCACCGAUCUCAACGACGUGACGCCGGCGACGCUGGCGAGUCUCGGCGUGUGCAAGGUGACGCAUGGCGACUGGCACUCGGGCGUGCUCACAAGCACGGGGCACGUCUGGACAUGGGGCAAUGGCUCGGCCGCCCUCGGCACCGGCGACCACGGCAACCGCGAAGUGCCGACACCGACCCAGGUGACAACGGGUCUCGAGAACCUCUUUGUGUUUGAUAUUGGCUUUGGCGGGUGGCACUCGGCGGCGCUGGCCGUCGCCUUGUGA